AUGUCUGUGAAUAUGAACAUUUUCGGCACGCACUAUGCGCCAGCCGCCUCCAACAUCAAUAACCUUGCCGCUGUGAUCAACGGUACCGGUGCGCCAGGCAUCUACAACUCGUCUCACGUCUCUGACGCCAAUUAUGGGGUAUACAAUUGGUGCAAUAUGCCACACGUUCGGGCGCAAGAGUAUCAAGUACCGAGCUCCGACUAUGCACUCUCCUACGUAGAGGUUAUACACCGGCAUCACAAGCGUACGCCGUACGCCUCCAAUACGUUCUUCAAGCAGGACCAGACGUGGGACUGUAGCCUCAACGGGCCAUAUCACUACGGUAGGAAUGCCACCGGGAUCGCAUCGGACGUCGUCCCUAUAUCCUGGCAGGGGUUCAAGGACUACACCAAUCCCUUCACCACCACUGUCGGUCCCGGUUUCCCCGGCUCGAGCUGCCAAUUCCCCCAAAUAACCGAGGGCGGGCUGGAGGAUUCGCAUACACACGGCAAAGAUCUCGCUGCAGUCUACCGCGACAAGCUGGGCUUCUUGCCCAAGGAUCUCGACCACAAUAAGAUCUCCUUCCGCGUGACCAACAAUGUCAUCACGUCUCAGGUGCUCGGUGGGCUGGCCAAGGGUAUGUUUGAGAAUGUUGCGGACCUUGCAGCGUAUAUCCAGAGCAGCGACUAUGACUCGCUCGAACCUACUCUCUCCUGCCCCCUCGCCAAUUCCCUCCGGGCCAACUACACCGGUUCCAACCCUGCAUGGGCGGCUCACCUGAAUGCCUCGGCGGCCCUGUACUCGCGUCUCGACAACGUCUCCGGCAUCGCGCGACCAGAUACCGGCGGCUGGCAUACCUCUCUCGACCACUACUACGACAAUUUGAGCGCACAUCAAUGCCACGGCAAGUCCCUGCCCUGCAGCGUCAACGCGACGUCCCAGUGUAUCACCCAAGAAGACGCGAAUACGGUGUAUCGACUCGGGAAUUACGAGUACGACUACUACUUCCGGUCGGCCGCCAACAGCACGGCGUAUUCUGCGCUGCGGUACGGUGCAUUCUUCCUCGAACUACAGGAACACAUGCGGGCCAACAUGGACGGAUCGAGCACCACCAAGUACUGGCAUAAUGUCGCGCAUGAUGGCUCGAUUUCGCCGCUUCUGGGGUUGUUACAGAUCGAAACAAUGGUCUGGCCAGGUAUGGGCUCGGAGGUCGUCUUUGAACUCUGGAAGAAAGUCAGUGGCGACUACUACAUCCGUGUGUUGUGGAAGGGUCAACCCAUGAAGACAUCCACCCCGCUCGGUACGCUCAACAUGGUCCCCGUGCAAAAGUUCUUCGAUUAUCUCGGUCAGAUGAUCCCUUCCGACUUGGUCAAGAUCUGUAGCCAGUCAGCCUAG